CUUGGCGGAGCCGAUAGCGGAACAAACACCACUACAAGCUUGAUUUGUCAUCGGGUCAAACUUCAACUUUGUCACGAUCAUGCAUUUACUCCUUGGACUGUAAAUAGUUUCACCGUUGAUUUGUAAUCUGUGUCACACUCAUAUUGAUCUUUCUCUUCAAAUUCCUAUACUCAGAAGCAUUUCUCGUACUCUCCAAAGCCACAAAACUACGAGACGAGCCAACAAUGGAGGGCAGGAAGAUUGUGAUUUCGGGUGCGGGCCGUGGCCUUGGCCGUGCUUUGGCCAUUGUCGCUGCUUCUCAGGGGGCUACUCCGAUUUUGCUGGGAAGAUCGCAAAGCGCAUUGCAAGAAGUCAGUGAGACGAUUAAGAGGGACAGCGGCGCAACGGCAUACCCUAUUGUCUGUGAUCUUUCGGACCCUACUUCCGUGGCUCAAGCAGCGAAGGAGAUAGUCGAAUCACAUCCUGAUAUCGAUAUCUUGGUCAACAAUGGAGCCCAUUUCACUGAAGGCAGCUUCGACAAGCAAACCGAUGAUCAGAUCCUAUCGGUCGUGAAUUCAGCAGUCACAGGCACCAUGAUUUUGACACGGCAGCUUCUGCCGUUAUUGAAACAACGACCCCGAGCAGACAUUCAUAACGUGGUCUCCAUGUCUGGCCUUCAGUACGCAAGGCUCACGGGCGCUUCACUUCCCUUCAGAGCGGCAAAGGCUGCUCAGGACGGUUUCACCCAGGGAUUGGUGGAGGAACUGAAAAGUACAUCUGUACGCGUCACUUCGGUCUAUCCUGGGUUGAUAGAGGAUGUAUCGCCUACCAGUGCCGAAUGGCAGAAGCUGCGUGGUUCUAAUGAGGGCAUAACGAAUAAAAACGUCGUUGAUACAAUCAUCUACAUACUGUCGGCGCCACCAAACGUGUCAUUACGCUCUAUCGUUAUCGAGCGGACUCUAUCAGACUUUCUGAUUUGAUCAAGAGUACAGAUAUCGAGAAGUAGCAAGUCUAGUAGCUUCAGAGUGACUUGCGGCAGGGAUAAAAGUGAUAGUUGUGAGUGUGACUUGUUCAAGAUUGUGUCAUUUUCGGAAGAAGUCACUACCAAUUGAUUUACCAUUCACCCUUGCAUUAGAAGUUCUUGAUAUCUUAUAGAUAAAAUUUUGAUGUAGCAACUCUAAACUACUG